AUCUUUCAAUUCAUCGCUCACCGGAUCAUCGCGCGCGGCAAUCGAACCGCGGCGGCGGCGACGUCGAGGAGAGCUCUCAACUCUCAAGCCCUAGGAAGGAGAGGCCGAGAAAGGGAGAGAGAAGGGGAAGCAGCCGCGCCUCGAGGAGGAGGAGGAGGAGGAGGAGGCCCCCAAUGCGCCAAAUCCAGGAGGCCUCUGCUUUCCCGGCCUCCCCUCCACCGUCUCCGGCGCCACCACGGGCUACCGCAAUGCCGCGCCCCUCCCCCUCCCCCUCCGCCACCGCCUCCCGGUUCGCCUCCUACUGGACCGCCGAGGCGCUCGCCGGAGACGACUCCCUCGCCUUCUCCGUCACCAAGGCGCUGGUGGGCGCCUCCCCGGAUUCCCUCACGGGCGCCCCUCAUGCCCUGCGGGAGCGCGUGGCGCUGCGGUGCCUGCGGGAGGUCGUCUCCCUCGCCUCCGAGGGCGAUGCCGCGGCGGCGCCGGAGGAGGCGGUGCUGGCGCCGGGGUUGCUUAGGGUGGACGCCUCCCGCACCUGCGAGGAUUUGCUGCUUGAACUCAUCCGAGAGGUUGGUAGGUCAGGAAGCUUGGAGAAGGGUAUGCUUCCGCCAUUUAGUCAAGAUAUCCAGAAGUUUAUAUGUAUAAAGAGACCUACAUUAGCUGAAACUUCUUUUGAGCUGCUCAAAGAAGUUUACCCUGAGAUCACACUUGUGGUACCACCAUCCCCAGCGGAGCAGAAUGGCAAUGAUAAAUAUGACAAUAUCAGACAUGAUCUUGAAAGUACAGAGAAGACUGGGAUCAAUACAGAUGGUUCUCAGCUUCAGCAAGACGAUCAAGCAAAUUUGGUCAAUGAAAGUAAUGCAGAAAAUCUCCAGAAGGAUACAAUGGCAACUCCUGAUUUUCACCAAUCAUCUACAUCAGACAAUAGGUGUUUUGAUCAGCCACAAGAAGAAUCUAAUGAUGCUGUUGGUGUUGACAUCAUGUAUCCAGAAGACAGACCAACUAAUGUUGAUAGACACAUAUCAGUUGCAAAUACUAAUACAGGAACAAUUUCUGAGCAGGACAUAAUAGAUCAUACAGCCAUGGUUCAAUCGCAAUCCCAGGAGAUCAAAAAUUGUAAUACACUUCACUAUAAUAAUGGAAAUGGACCACUUGAUGCUAGCAUUCAGCCACCAAAGGAUUCCAUCCAUGAAGGACCGACCAUGCAGGCAACUGUUUCUCCAGCUUUUGACAGAAGCACUGAUGCUGCUUUACCAGCAAGUACAUCUGAAAUGAGCCACUUGCCUGAGUUUAUUACUGCAGAGAAUGCAGAGGCACACAUCAGGAAAUCUCAUCGAAACUCACCGCAGCAUGAGACUGGUGAUGAAGCAAAUCAAGAUGUUGGUAUUCAGCAAGUUGCUGCUUUCCUGUCUGAAGGCUACAAUGGGCCUAUUCAAGGAGACAAAUCUGAUAUUAAAGAUCCACCAGAGAAUACUGCAGAGCAUACACAAAUAUUUGAACAAGAAAGUAGUGACAAGGCUCAUCUGGAAGUUGGUUGUUCUGACAAAGUUAAUCAAACUCUAUAUGAUGAUGGCAAUAUCAUGAGAAAGAAUAUGGACUGUGGUGGACUAAAUGUGCAGACUGCUCCAGAAUCUCAUAGCUGCAGUUUGGCCUUGCAUAACAAAAAUUCAGAUAUCAACCGUUUAUCUGAGCAGAAUAUAAAAAAGAACACAACUGCCAUUCAGAAAGAUUGCUGCAGUAUUCCAAACUCUCCUCAGGAUGUCGAUGAUACAAGAGACAAGAGAACUGUGGGAAAUACUGGGGCAGAAACAUCACAUGUGAAUUCUUCAGAGGAUAGUUUGAGUGGCUUCGCAGCUGCUGGUCUUCUGUCAAUGACUGACAAAAUACCAUUCUUUACACAGCACCAUGAUGCCAAUGGUACUGUUGAGGGCUCAUCAGAACAAGAUUUGUGCAUAAAGUGUGCCAAAGACGGUCAGUUGCUGAAAUGCAGCAGCUGCUUGUUAGCUGCUCAUGAUACAUGUUUUGGUUCAUCAGUGACAUUUGAUGAUUCUGGCCAGUUUUAUUGCCCUGUAUGCUUCUAUACUAAAGCAACUGCAGCAUAUCAAAAGGCAAAGAAAACAUAUUCUGAAGCAAGGAAGAACCUGUCAAGUUUCCUUGGUAAAAAGCAGUUGGCUGAGCAAAAUGAACAAGCUGCAUGGCAAAGAGAUGCUGACAGUGAGGGUCAUUUGAAUAGGUGUAACAACGUAUCCAAAAGGCAACGUAAUCAUCAAUCUGAAGGAAAUGGCCUGUCUCAUAGGGAUGAAGAGCCUGCCCAGCAGAGGAAGAAGCAGAAGACAAAUGCUACCAGUGAUGCUUGCGCUCAGGAAGUAGUCACUGAAAAGGCACCUGUUCAGAAUUCUGAUGUUGCACCCAUGAAUAAGCAUUCUGUACUCCAGAAUAACAUAAAACAAGCUCAGGUUGGAGAGCAUGAGCAGCCAGAGGAAAAUGCGGAAGCUAGCGGAGAAUCUGGUAACGACAAAACAACACAUUCACCUCAGAACAAGUGCAGUCCUACUGCAAAUCAUAAUGUUGACGCUGACAAAGACGGCCUUGCAAAUUCUCAACAAUCAGAAGAUUCUGAUGAAAUCGAAGCUACAUCUUCUAAUAACUCAAGCAAGCAAUCGCCUCCUUGGCGCAAGUUGAGACACCGCAAAGUAAGAUGUCAGGAUAAGGAUACAGCCAUGCCAAAUAAUUCUAAGAAAGCACUUGGGCACCAUGAUCAACAUAUGGCUUCACCAUCAAGGAAAAGGAACUAUGCAUAUCCACCCAAGCGUUACUCUAACCCUGUUGCACCAGCUGGAAGGCGCACAAAGCUCUGUUGGACAGAACAGGAGGAAGCAACUUUGAGGGAAUUAAUGGCCAAAUUCACACCAAGGGACAACGGGCCAAUUCCAUGGGUCCAGAUACUAGAGUACGGCAGGGACGUGUUCCACAGGACACGCCUCCCAUCUGACCUGAGGGUCAAAUGGAGGAACAUGAAGAAGAAAUCAGCCUCGUGACCCCAGCAAUCUAACAGCCUGUUAGAGUUAGCGCAAUCUGGUGCACAGCUAUUGUGCCAUGCAUUCUCACCUCUUAGAGACCAUUCCUAUAUUGUAAGAAUGUAAAUUUUCCUUUGAUGUGUAGGACUUGAGCAGUUCACUGAAGUUGGCUGCUGUUCUUUUUUUCUAUUUGUCAAUCUUUUUUAUAGGCUAAUUGUAAUGUAAGAGAGAGGUGUAAAUUGAUGUGUAGGACAUCAAUUUGCUUUGUUAUAUGUUUCUUUAGCAACUCAUUUGUGAUUCUUACUUGACAUAUCAAUCAGAGAUUGGUUUUCAUUUGUGUUCUUU